AUGGCCUUUCGAGUAGUGGCCGGAUGCUUUCGGCGACGUGCGUUCUACUCGCGUUCCUUCGUUAUUACUUCGUUAUCCAUUUUAGUCUUUAUUACGUGUUUGGCUGAAGGAGCCCAAAAUGCUUUGCCCUUACGAAGUCACCGGACAGGAAGACGCGAAGCGGAUACAGUUCCUCUACAGAUCACGAACAACUGCCCUGAAAUAAUAUAUCCUGGAAUUAUCACCCAAUCAGGAUUUGCUCCUGGGUUCGGCGGGUUUCAGCUCAUGCCGGGUGCCCAGGAGUCAUUGACGAUAGGCUCAGAUUGGCAAGGGCGUGUAUGGGGUCGGACAAAUUGUAGCUUCAACGCGGAUGGAACGGGUCCAGCUAACAAUGGCGGGAACAAUGGAGGUGGACAAGCCUGUGCCACUGGUGACUGCAAUGGAGUACUGAAUUGCAUGGUGACUGGAAAUACUCCAGUGACGCUCGCUGAGUUUACUCUGGCCUCUUCUACUGGGCAGACAUUUUACGAUAUCUCUCUCGUUGACGGUUACAAUUUACCUAUUGCGAUCGUUUCACUUCAUGCGGAGUCAGGUAUUGCUGAUAUUGAGAACAUUCCAUCAAACCUCACCAACCCAAUUUGCAUUGGUACAGCCGGACUUCUCGCAGCGCAGGGCUGGGACCCUUAUACUAGCGGAGCAACAGACUAUGCGGCGUUACUCGGAACAAAUUCAUCAUUUCCUCUUCCUUUUGACCAGCAGGUCACGGUCAACGAUGUUUCCUCAUGGUGCCCGUGGGACCUACAAUUAGACCCGCCAACAAGUCCUCAGGAUGGCGUAUAUUCUUAUCCGGAUAACAGCAUACAAAGGCCGAUUUUCGACCCCUGCUACUCCGCUUGUGCAAAAUGGAGUCAGCCUGGGGAUUGCUGCACCGGCGAAUAUAACAGCCCUGGCGCGUGUAAGCCUAGUGCUUAUAGCAGAGAUGCAAAGAAAAUCUGCCCAGAUGCAUACAGUUACGCGUUCGACGACCAAACUUCGACAUUCAUCAUUCCGUCGGGUGGUGGAUUUGGUGUAGUUUUUUGUCCAGAGGGAAGAUCCACGACAAUACUCAGUACCACUACUCCUGCCGAAGCGCAGCUGCUUUCAGGCUCAGAGUAUAAAGCUUACAGAAAGGCUACCGUUCAAAAAAACGUGGCCUUUCAGGCGGUCAAUAUCUCGUACAAGAGAAAAUGGCCGCAUCUUGCCGCGGCUGGCUUGAUUUUUGUUAUUUUGACGGGUUUGUGA